CCGUGGCGCCACUAACGUCAUUAGUCUAUUUCCCGCCAGUUCAGUUACUCAAACCUAAAUUACAAAGAAGAAAAUACCCACUUCAUUUUUACUUGUCAUCACGAUUUGACAAAACCAAGACCUCUUAAUUAUUAUUAAUACUGAUUUAUUCUCUUAAUCUGCUAUCUAAAUGAACGUCCCAGACCCAUCCUCUUUGUCAUAUCACACCGCUUGUCUCCUCCAAGAAAGCCUUAGAUCCAAAGACCUCUCAGCCGGAAAAUCCAUCCACGCUCGAAUAAUAAAAGCCGGGCUUCACUUUAGUGUCUUCUUACUGAACAAUCUCAUGAAUUUAUACUCCAAAACGGGGUCGUUUUACGAUGCUCAAUCCGUGUUUGAUGAAAUGCCUGUUAAGACCAUUUUCUCGUGGAACACCCUUUUAUCAGCUUAUUCCAAACAGGGUAAAAUGGCUGAAGCCAAUGAAAUUUUUAAUAAGAUACCGAAUCCUGAUUCUGUUUCGUGGAGCACAAUGAUCGUGGGGUAUAAUCAGAUGGGUCAUUUCGAAAGUGCUAUAAAAGUGUUCGAUGAAAUGAUUAAAGAACGAGUUACGCCAACGCAGUACACAAUUACUAGUGUACUUGCAUCAUGUGCUGCUAUUGAAACUUUAGAUAUUGGUCGAAAGGUACAUUCUUGUGUAGUUAAGCUUGGGCUUAGUAGUUAUGUUUGUGUUGCAAAUUCUUUAUUAAAUAUGUAUGCAAAGUCAGGUGAUCCAAUGAUGACAAGGGUUAUUUUUGAUAGGAUGGGAUAUAGGGAUACGUCAAGUUUGAAUGUUAUGAUUUCAUUGCAUAUGCAGUAUGGUCAAGUUGAUCUUGCACGUGAACAAUUUUGCAGGAUGAAUGAGAGAGAUAUCGUGACAUGGAAUUCAAUGAUUGCAGGUUACAAUCAACAUGGGUAUGAUCUUGACGCUCUGGGUACAUUUGGUAAUAUGCUGAGGGAUUCUUUGUUGCUACCUGAUAAAUUCACGUUUAUUAGUGCAUUAUCAGCUUGUGCCAAUCUUGAGAUGUUGAAACUUGGGAAACAAAUUCAUGCUCGUAUUGUUAGCACCAAAUUUGAUACAUAUGGACCAGUAGGAAAUGCUUUGAUUUCCAUGUAUGCAAAGUCCGGUGGGGUUCAAAUUGCUCAAAAGAUUGUAGAGAAGAGUGGGAUUUCACACCUUGAUGUCAUUUCAUUUACAUCCUUAUUAGAUGGAUAUGUUAAGCUUGGAGAUUUAAAACCAGCUAGAGAGAUCUUUGACUCAUUGAGAGACCGUGACGUGGUUGCCUGGACAGCCAUGGUUGUUGGAUACUUGCAGAAUGGCUUGAAUAAUGAUGCAUUGGAGCUAUUUAGAUUAAUGGUUAGAGAUGGUCCAAAACCAAACAACUUCACUCUGGCAGCCAUGUUGAGUGUCAGUUCAAGCUUGACUUCAUUGGAUCAUGGCAAACAAAUUCAUGCAAGUGCCAUAAGAACUGGACAAGCAUCCUCAGUUUCUGUGAACAACGCUCUAAUUACCAUGUAUUCUAGAGCAGGAAACAUUAAUUGUGCAAGGCAAAUAUUCAGUCAGAUACAUUGGUCCAGAGAUACUGUAUCUUGGACAUCCAUGAUAAUGGGUCUGGCUCAACAUGGUCUUGGAGAAGAAGCCCUUGAGCUGUUUGAAGAAUUGCUGGCAGCUGGAAUCAAGCCUGACCAUAUAACAUAUGUGGGUGUGCUCUCUGCUUGUACACAUGUGGGACUGGUAGAACAGGGCCGCAGGUAUUACAAUAUGAUGAAAGAUUUUCACAAAAUUGAACCAACACUAAGCCACUAUGCAUUGAUGGUUGACCUUCUUGGGCGUGCUGGAUUGGUACAAGAGGCAUAUGAUUUUAUUGAAAAGAUGCCCAUUGAACCAGAUGUUAUAACUUGGGGUUCACUCUUAUCUUCUUGUAAGGUUUAUAAGAAUGUAGAACUCGGAAAGAUUGCAGCAGAAAGAUUGCUCUGUAUUGACCCUGACAACAGUGGGGCCUACUCAGCCCUAGCUAAUUUGUAUUCAGUUUGUGGAAAGUGGGAAGAUGCUGCAAAAAUUCGCAAGUUAAUGAAAGAUGGAGGGGUGAAGAAAGAACAAGGAAUUAGCUGGGUUCAGAUAAAGAACAAAGUCCAUGUCUUCGGAGCUGAGGAUGGGCUUCAUCCACAGAAAGAUGAAGUCUACAAGAUGAUGGCAAAGAUAUGGGAAGAUAUAAAAAGGAUGGGCUUUGUUCCGGAUACUGAAUCAGUAUUACAUGACCUUGAGGAAGAAGUUAAGGAGCAGAUGCUUAGACAUCAUAGUGAGAAAUUGGCCAUUGCUUUUGCACUAAUAAGCACUCCAGAGAACACCACUUUGAGGAUCAUGAAAAAUCUCAGAGUCUGUAAUGAUUGCCACUCUGCCAUUAAAUUUAUAUCUAAACUCUCUGGCAGAGAAAUUAUCAUAAGAGAUGGUACUCGUUUUCACCAUUUCAAGGAUGGUUUGUGUUCUUGUCGCGACUAUUGGUAGGUAAUGAAUGGAGUUGGAAAGAACAACCUAGCAAAAAGUACAAUUCUAUUUAUUGUCAACGAGGUUGAUCCUUGACAUUAAACAGUAGCUACUCUUUCACGAGUUUUCAAGUGAAUUCCCCCCUGAUAGACUUGCCUCUAGAGUUCUGCUUCUUGGCUUCAACACGUGAUUGCAGAGUUGAAUAUUUGGGCUUCUUGUGGCCUUGAGCAUGUAUGUUGAUUGUACUUGGCUGCUCUAGUUUCAGGAAGACACAAAAAUGUAUUGCUACCCUUGUUAAUGUCAUCUGAGGUUGGGCAUUUUUCUUGAAGGAAAUAUCUUUCUCAAGUAUAUCUGCUGUGCGGUGUCUGGAUUUCAGAGCAGAACAUAGCAAAUCUCUUUCUGGAAUCAAUCUCUGCAGCACAUAAAAUAGGGUAGAGCUUCCUCAGUCCUUUCAGCAGCUGGCACAAAGAGAAUUUGUGGUCAUCUACCCCCUACUUUGUUUCUAUGUGUGGGGGAGGGGAACAGGCUUCUGGUCGUUGGAUGCCCUUAAUGAGCAUGAUGUAAUAUAAGCAGUUAUUCUGUAAUAGCUUUUCAGAGAGAAACUAUUCAUUGGUUUGCUGUACACCCCUCUUUUAUGUCAAAACUAUCUUUCCACCUUCUCUGUACUAUUCUUUCUAUGGUUCCCAUAAUUUUAUAGGCCUUGCUACAUAUGGAUCUAUGCACAAGUCAUGCAUUUGCAGCAGUUUAGGGGUAAUAAUUCAUUUUACUCUCUAAAGUAUUAAGUAUUUGAAAGCAAUUUUGGUCAACUAAAAUCAGAAUGUCUAGAAUGGUUUCUUUUCCUUUUUCUUCUCUUUCCAUUAUUAUUAUAUUUUCUUUUGGAGCAAUCUCAAACUUUGGCAUCAUUUUCAAAAUUACCUGUGUUGCUUAUUGAGGGUGCUUUGUCUUGGAGCUGCAGAUUAAAACCUCCUAGGUUUCUGGUUCUUGUUUCUAAGGAGCUUUUCCCGAGUACUUCUGGUAAUAGGAUACAGCAGCUUGCUCUGACCAAACUCCAACAUUUUUUGUAUACAUGAUGCAUAGUACCCUCCUGGAACGUGUUUGAAGAGACAUGGUAAUGAUCUCAGUUCAAGUGGCAGUGAACUUCGUUUUUGCUUACAGAGAAAAGAAAAAAGUGAAACCAGAAAAGGCUGGUUUUCUUUACUAUGCUAAUUAGCUGAAUAUUGCAGUGAAGAUUGUAAAGGAGAAAUUGUUAAAAGAUCUUAGAAACAGUCAUUCACAUUUCAACCAGUAAAUCAGUACCUAACAGCAGUGACCUCAUGCGAGCAUCAACUUCUCAGGGCAAGAAGAAGAAGAAUAUGGCUUGAGGGAGUGGAAAAUUCAUGAAAUUGGUUAGUAUACAAUGUUUUGUGAAUGUAAAUUGCUGCUUCACUUUCCCUCAUUGACUCCUAAUGUUAUUGAUACAAUGAUUACUGGCAUCCUUCAGGAACUCUGAAUCUCUGUUUACUG